AAAAGAAUGCAUUUUUUGAAAUCGAAUUAAAUGAUCGAGAAGGACAGGCUUUGAUAUACACAUCGACAACAAAUAAAAAUCCAUCAUCAUAUUCAUCAAGAAGUAUUAGUCAUCGUGCUGUUAAUGGUACUGGAAAAGUAUAUACAACAUAUGUACCAGCAAAUGCAAAAAAUUUCUACUUCAGUAUCAAAGGUGUAGCAGGAAAGCUUAAUAAAUCGGAUUUUAUUGUCCGUAUUCGUUCACUUGGUUUUUAA